AUGAUUAAUUAUUGGGUAAAGGGAUGUGGACAUUCCGUCGUGCAAUAUCACAUCUGUAACGAAAAGCGCUUCAUUGUCACUAGAUCGUCAAACAACGAUGUAAAUGUCUAUGAUGUCCUCCAGGGACGCAUCGUGGAGCACCUCGGAAAAGCAAACUUCGCUGCUGUCGUAAAGUCGCGGGAGAAGUUGAUAUACGUGCCCAACUGGUUCAGCGUUGACCUAAAAUGUGGCGUAGGUUCGAUAAUAAAUAUUGACGUCUUACUUGAUUAUGCUACAGAUUAA